AUGCGUCUGACUAUUGCUGCGUUGGUGCUUGCGACCAGCAUUUUCGGCGCCUGUUGUGGGCAUUCGCCUUCUGCCGGCUACUUCCCCGACCACCUCCACAUCGAGCCGGGUGUCGUCGCCGAGUCCGCGAUCAUCGUGGGGCUCGUCGUUUGCCUCUACGGCUUCCGACUGCUGCGCGCGAUGGUCUUCGCGUGCGGGUUCCUCGUGUGCGGGUUGUUGGUGUCGGCGGCGCUCGAGAACACGUUCGGCUUGAAGGCGUGGGUGCUCGCAGCUUCGUGGAUCGGCUUCGUCGUCGUUGGCAUCGCUGGCGGCUGCGUCGCGUUGGCCUUCUUCCCCUUGGGCGUGUUCCUGGUGGGGUCUAUGCUGGCAUACGCGUUUACAGCGUCGCUUCCCUAUCGCAUGAUGUCGGGGGACACCAGUGCAGUGCUGGACGGGGCCGUUGUCCUGCUUGGAGGCAUUCUCUCGUGGCUACUGGUGCGGCCGUUUGCCAUCGUCGCUAGUAGUCUCAUAGGCUCCAUGAUGGCAGUGCGGGGUGUCGGCUACUUUGCUGGCAAGUAUCCCAGCAACGACCUUGAGCACUUUCGUGAUCACGCCCGCGGCAGGUUCUGGUUGUCCGCAGUUCCAGGCAUGUGGUGGGUGUAUCUGAUGGCGAUAGUAGCGCUGUUCGUGCUUGGAAUGGUCAAACAGUGCCGCGAUGUGGGGAAAUCGCGCAGCUCUAGCCACAUUGGCCUGUACACCGGCUGGCGAUCGAGCCCAAACACGUUGAUCCCUUGA